CAGAAAGCAGUGGUUUCCCGAGGUCGGCCCCUUACCAUGGAGGAGGCUUGUGUCCAGGAUGUCAGCCCUGCGUGUUGUGAGAGUUUCGGUCCUACCUUGUGCCUGUGUCUAGGCGCAAUUGCACGUGCGGAGCGAGCCUCUCAGCCUGCCUCAGGCGGUGCCCUGGAGGGAAUCCGAGAGCGGGCGCCAUUUUCCCCGCCAGGUCCCACCGCGAACUACAUUUCCCAGAAACUUCUGCGCACUAAAAGCAGCCCCUUCUUUUGCCUGCGGGACCCUCGUUGUCCGAGGACGGGAAAGUGCGCGGGGAGCGGCCUAGACCCUUGUGAGGCUCCGCAGAAAUCGAUGGUGUUCAGCGACGUGUCCCUGGACUUCUCUCAGGAGGAGUGGGAGUGCCUGGGCCCUGCUCAGAGGGACUUGUACAGAGAUGUGAUGCUGGAGAACUACAGCAACCUGCUUUCAGUGGGACUUCACAUUCCCAAGCCUCAGGUGAUCUCUUUAUUGGAGCAAGGCAAAGAGCCCUGGAUGAUUGGCAAAGAGCUUACAAGAGGCCUGUGCUCAGCUCUGGAGUCAAUGUGUGAAAGCAAGUUAUUAUCUCUAAAGAAGGAAGUUUAUGAAAUAGAAUCGUGCCAGAGGGAGUUAAUGGGACUUAAGAAGCAUGGCCUCGAGUACUCCAGUUUUAGAGACGUUCUGGAAUGUGGAAGCCAAUUGCAAUAUCAAAGUGACCAUUUAAGCCAAGAAAUACUCGGUCGUGAGUACAUGCCCACAUUUGUUCAACAGACUUUCCUUACCCUACAACAAAUUGUUAAUAAUGACGAGAAGCCCUAUGAAUGUAAGAGAUGCAGGAAGGUCUUCACUCAGAACUCACAGCUCAUUCAACAUCAGAGACUUCAUAUUGGUGAAAAAUCUUACGAAUGUAAGCAGUGUGGGAAAUUCUUCAGUUGUGGUUCACAUGUCACUCGUCACCUGAAAAUCCACACUGGUGAGAAACCCUUUGAGUGCAAGGACUGUGGGAAGGCCUUCAGUUGUAGCUCAUACCUUUCUCAGCACCAGAGGAUACACACUGGUAAGAAACCUUAUGAGUGUAAGGAAUGUGGAAAAGCCUUUAGCUAUUGUUCGAAUCUUAUCGACCAUCAGCGAAUUCACACUGGUGAGAAACCUUAUGCAUGCAAAGUAUGUGGGAAAGCUUUUACAAAGAGCUCACAACUUUUCCAACACGUGCGAGUUCAUACAGGUGAGAAACCUUAUGAGUGUAAGGAAUGUGGCAAAGCCUUUACUCAGAGCUCAAAGCUUGUUCAGCACCAGAGAACCCACACUGGGGAGAAACCCUAUGAGUGCAAGGAAUGUGGGAAGGCCUUUAGUAGUGGCUCGGCGCUUACAAACCAUCAGAGAAUCCACACCGGGGAGAAACCCUACGAGUGUAAGGAGUGUGGGAAGGCCUUCACUCAGAGCUCACAGCUUCGGCAGCAUCAAAGAAUUCAUGCUGGUGAGAAGCCCUUCGAAUGCCUUGAAUGUGGGAAGGCCUUUACCCAGAACUCACAGCUUUUUCAGCAUCAGAGAGUCCACUCAGAUGAAAAACCUUAUGAAUGUAAGAAAUGUGGCAAGGCCUUUAAUAAAUGCUCAAACCUUACCCGCCAUCUGAGAAUUCAUAGUGGGGACAAGCCCUUUAGCUGUAAGGAAUGUGGGAAGACAUUCAGUAAUGACUCAGACCUUGUUCGCCAUCAGGAAAUUCACGCUAAUGAAUAAUAAAAAUUCAUAUUUGAGAGUUACUUUCUUGACGCGGUUGAUUAAGUAUUUAUAUUUUCAAUCAUAACUAUAGGUUAGGGAUUCCGAGUCUACGUUUGCUCUCUUCUCCCACCCCAGUGCUAGAUGCCUGAUCGUCCUUUAUUUCUUCAUUGCUGGGCUUUGUUGUA